CCUUUUCUUUCUCCAAACUUCUAUAGAAAGGGUGACAGAGAGUAGAGAGAGAAAGCUAUCGCCUAUCGGCCAUGUCGGACGAGGAGCACCAUUUCGAGUCGAAGGCAGAUGCAGGGGCAUCCAAGACCUAUCCGCAGCAAGCUGGUACCAUCCGGAAGAAUGGCUACAUAGUCAUCAAAUCCCGCCCUUGCAAGGUUGUUGAGGUCUCCACUUCAAAAACUGGCAAGCAUGGGCAUGCUAAGUGUCACUUUGUGGCAAUUGAUAUUUUCAAUGGGAAGAAGCUUGAAGAUAUUGUUCCUUCCUCUCACAAUUGUGAUGUUCCUCAUGUUAAUCGCACUGACUACCAGCUGAUUGACAUCUCGGAAGAUGGUUUUGUGUCUCUUCUUACCGAAAACGGGAACACCAAAGAUGACCUGAGGCUUCCCACCGAUGAAGCUCUGCUUGGCCAGAUUAGAGGUGGAUUUGAUGAAGGAAAGGAUCUUAUUUUGACUGUUAUGUCUGCAAUGGGAGAAGAGCAGAUCUGUGCGGUGAAGGACAUUGGUAAAACUAGUUAAGUCGCAUGGUUUCCAACCCCCUAUCUUGCUAUAGCGAAAGCUUCAUAAGGGAACCUUGUUCGCAGAACCAUUAUUUUCCAUCGAAAGUUUAGCGAGACAGUGAGCUUGAACCUUGUUUGUUGGACUUUAGACAAAAGUGCUGGCAAUCCUUGUAGUGAAGGAUCUGCAGCCGCAGUGGAUUGAGAUUUUACCCUUUUUGGUUCUGUUUUAUUUCUGUGCUUAACUGUUGCAGCUAAAUUCAAUCUUAUGUGCAUGAUUAUUGAUUCCUUUCCUUUUGAAGAAAAUGGCAUUAUGAAAGAAUCUCCUUGUGGUUUUU